AUGGCCACCUCGGUCGGCGGGAUGGCCCACGUCCCGCCUUUAAAUAACGAUUUCAAGGACAAACCGACCGCUGUUGUGGAGUCUCUCCUGCAAGGGCUCUCCAUCUCGAAUACAAAUCCGAAACCCUCGCCGUUAAUAUUAUCUUCUUCCCGUCCGGCUCGAAAGGAAGCCUCAGUUAUAAUCCCAUAUCUACCAACCGAAAUUAUCCAGGAAAUCCUUUUCUACCUCUCGCCUCAUGACUUCGAUUCUGCUCGGCUUGUCUGUCGUGACUGGUUCCAGGCCUCUAGUUGUCGCGCCUUACUUCAGCGAAACAUCGAUGCCCUGCAUUCCCCUUCAGGCGCAACUUCUCGCUCUAACCAAUGGUCCGCCCAACAAAUACAAACAUUCUCCGUCCUUCACCUUCGAAGAUACUUCACCACCCUCGUCACCGAAUGGCCAGGCAGCCGUCAUCGUGUCCCUUGCCUGAAGACUCGCCUUGACGCUCGCGCUCUCCUGGAUGUCUCAAAUCCGACCACUAACACUCCCAACAAUGGUAAUAAUAGUAAUACCAAUACCACAACACCCAACCCGGAUAGUAACAACUAUUCGCCCAACGAGUCCUUCGAAUGUGUCGGCUUCUCUCGUCAAACCGGCUCCUUUGCAGCCAUGGUAGUCGGCCGCCGCUCUAACCGCAAACUCUACAUCUGUCGAUUGUUCUCCAAAACACACAUGACCCUCGAAUUCCGACCUCAUCGACAUUCCUGUUGUCCAUGUAUUCCCGAGCCAGGUCCUUUAUACAUGAUAUUCGAUGUCAAAACAGCACUCAAUCUCAGGAUAGUCAAAGUCGACAUGGAGGAAGUGGAAUCGCCGUCAAGUGUCAAGGAAUUAUCGAUUACAUUCGAAAACGGCAUCGUGGAAACAUACACAUUUGAAGGAUUAGCACCACACAGGAUCUACCAAUUGAACAUCAAAGACAAAACGGUCAAAACGGCGGCUAUAGCGCAUAACCAUGGACCAAACCAAACGUGUGGGAAUGCGCAGUGCAAGGCUGGAAAUGGCUACGCUUUGACGAACCCGAGAUAUCCGAAUCCAACAGGUCAGCCAGGGAACAAGAUUAGAGGGUUUUUCCAGGGCUUUUUAAGUCGCUUCCAUAAACACCCAAGCGCGGGAUAUCCCCCUGGGUUAGGAUGGCAGCAGCAGCAGGCGAGGGGAAAUCCAGCGAUGUUGGAAGUCAAGGCGGCCAUGCAAUCGCCGGAUCCGAAAACCAUGAGAGUCAAGAUUCUGGGUAGGGAAGAGCUAUGCUACGUGCUCUCUGUCCCAUUUGACAAACAGGGCAGCAACCUUGGUGUUCUAGCUGUAUCCAAGAGCUCUGGCAUGGUUUAUGUUUGCGGAACAUCACCAGAAUUAUCACAACCAAGGAAAGGCAAAGAUGAAACGACAGUAUAUAUGCAUCAUUGGCUAUCUGUUCCAUCCAGAAAAAAUGGGAGGGGCGAAAUAACCCAUAUUUCAGUCGCUCCUUUGAUGCAUUAUGACGUCGGGCAGAACGAUGCUUACAUGGGUGUGCUGAUUGGCUAUGCGAAUGGAGAAAUCUGGCUGUGGCGUAUGAACCGGGAGUGGCGUCAUUUAGUACCCGGAUGCGGACAAAACAAAGCUCAAGGGUCAGAUGAUGGAGAACAAAGGAAAUAUCUUGAUAGACCAGUGCAGGCGCCGUGUGUUAGUACGGCCAUACCACCACCACUGGAAAUUCCGGUCGUCAAAGGCCAAGAGCUAUCACUGCCGGUGUUGAAUAUCGUUGCGCCUGAGGGUCAGAAGGUAGAUGUGGGGGAUUCAAAUGAAAAGGCAUGGAAGCUCGCAUAUCUACCAGGUUUGAAGGCUUUAAAUUUUGUGGCUCGGGGUGUGGUUAUUCUCGCGGCAGAUGGGAAGUUUGUUUGGGGAUUUGACCUCAGGGAACUACACGGUUUCGAUAAAAAUACUGUACAUGUUCCCGGAGGCGGCGUAGGUUUGUAUGGAGGAACUUGGGGCGAUGGAGGAGAGGUUUCUGGAUUUUUGAAUUGGGGGCGCGGUUAG